GUGUGUGUACGUGUGUGUGUGAGACACGAUGAAAAAAAUGGGAAACAAAGUGGCCCUUUUGGCCUUAGUCCUUGUACUCUGCUAUGGCUUGGCGAUGGUCGUAAAAGGAGAAGGAAGAAAAGACUGGAGGAGAGAGGGAGAAGGAGAAGAAGAAGACUGGAGGAGAGAGAGAGAAAAGAGAGAGGAGUGGAGUACAGAAGAGGGGUUUUUGUUGCAAAACUCAAAGCGUGUAGUGAAAACUGAUGCAGGGGAGAUGGAGGUGGUGAGGAGCUUUGUUGGGAAAAUUGUGGAUAGGCCUUUGCAUAUUGGGUUUAUCACCAUGGAGCCUAAGACCCUCUUCAUCCCUCAGUAUCUUGACUCUAGUUUGGUCAUCUUCAUCCGCAGAGGGGAAGCAAAGAUUGGGUUGAUAUACGAAGAUGAACUGGGGGAGAGGUGGUUGAAAACUGGGGAUGUGUUCUAUAUUCCAGCUGGCUCUGCAUUUUACUUGGUAAACACAGCGGAGGGGCAGAAGCUUCACAUUAUUUGCAGCAUUGACCCUUCUGAGGGCUUGGGCGUGGGUACUUUCCAGUCUUUCUUCAUUGGUGGAGGAACCUAUCCACAAUCUGUUCUUGCUGGAUUUGAACCUGAAACACUUUCACGUGCAUUUAACGUAUCAUACGCAGAACUAAGAGACCUCUUCGGGCUAAAAAGGGGUCCCAUCAUAUACCUGAACGAUUCUCACUCAUCAAGUCCAUGGCCAAAAAUCAUGCAAAUGAAAGGGCAUGCCAGACUACAACACCUCAAGAAAUUGAUGGACUCCCAUGAAGAACCUGCCCAAAAAGAAGAGCAAACUUGGUCAUGGAGGAAGCUUUUGAAUUCUAUGUUGGGAAUGGAAACCGAAAACAAAAAAAGGGACGACAGGGGAACAAGCGACAAGGGAAACGGCAAAACCCCAGACUCAUACAACCUCUACGACAGACACCCUGACUUCAGCAACGACUAUGGAUGGAGCGUUGCUCUCGAUAAACAUGAUUAUAGCCCUCUCAAACACUCUGGCAUUGGCAUUUAUCUUGUCAAUCUCACUGCGGGAGCGAUGAUGGCACCGCAUGUGAAUCCAACUGCGACAGAGUAUGGGAUUGUGCUAAGAGGAAGUGGGACAAUACAGAUUGUGUUUCCAAACGGAACCAAUGCUAUGAGUUCUGAGAUUGCAGAAGGGGAUGUGUUUUUUGUGCCCAGAUACUUCCCAUUCUGCCAAAUUGCAUCAAGAUCUGGUCCGCUUGAGUUCUUUGGGUUCACAACAUCGGCACACAGGAACCGACCACAGUUCUUGGCUGGGUCCAACUCACUGAUCCGGGCAAUGAUGGGCCCUGAGCUGGCGGCUUCAUUCGGCAUUACUUUAGAAAGGUUGCAAGACAUAGAUAAUGCUCAGCCCUUCGGGGUUAUACUACCUCCGGAUACAAAGACUAAGAGAAGGGAGGAACCUCUACCUCCGGACACCAAGACUAAGAGAAGGGAAGAUGAGCAUGCGAGGGAGCCAAAGGUCAUCAAGAGCUUUUGGGAAUGAUAUGGUUAUGGUUUGAUUAGAAGGCCAGCUAUGGCUAGCUGGAAGCUUUUUAUCUGUCCAGCUUUUAGUUUUAGUUUUUUGGUUGUUUAAUUCCACUCUUCGUUUUUUUCUCUUCGUUUCUGUUCAUCAGGGUUUGUUCAGGAGUUAUAUCUUGAGUCGUGAAUAAGAUCCACUUCUGUUCUUUCCUUGUGAAUAAGGGAAAGUAUUUGCUCUCUGAAAAUUUGA